AUUUGUCUUGUCAAACGCGUAAAGCGCUUGACAUCUCUGGCAGGCUGUCGUUUCGUUCUCAUUUGCGGCAUAUUGAAUGACGUGAUCUCCAGCUUAUUUCAGCAGAGGACAUGCGGUUAUGGGCAACGCUUUGUUGAGCAGGAUCCACGGCUAGAAUAAACCACCUCUAAGAACUGAACGCGGCAUUGAGAGAGGACGAUUACAGUGGAUUUAAUGACACUCCAUCAAAGCAUCACAUUCUGAUCAAAAGAAACAUGGAUGGAUACCUGCCACCUCAGUUUUAUGCGUUGUCAGACCAUAAGAAGUUUUGUCAAGACAAUUCCCUCACGAUGGACCAAGGCACGCCAUACAGCAUAAACAUGAAUGUUUUUUUACCGGACGUCACUUACCUACGGACCGGCAUGUGUAGACCCGUGAGGUCCGCGGCGCCACAGAUAAAGACAGAACCUCUGCAUUCGUCUUUCAACCACUCCAGUUGCCACGGCUCGGUUGCACCCGCCAUUACGCAUCCAGAGUACACAAACCUCUACAGCCCAGCUAUGGAAACGGGUAGCAAUGUUUAUGUCAAGCAUGAGACGCCGUCCCUCGAAUUCCCAGAUGUUCCACUUUUUCAGCUGUUGAAUACGGAGCUCGAGCCCAAUGGUGGCCACCCUUGCACAGAUUCCCACAAUGCCACAUGCCCUCCGAUGCCGACGUAUAACGGCAUUCACACACACCCCAGCCAGAUUGCAGAACGACCGCAUUGUAAUAUGAGCAACAGUGGAUAUUCGCUACCUACCCAGUUUGGUCAGCAUCCUCAGAAGAGGGCAGCCUAUCUACCACCCUCCCCUCCAAACUCAGAACCGGGCAGCCCAGACAGGAGGAAAGAACUCAUACAGAACUUAUCGCCACCUCCGUCAUAUGCUGCCAGCAUGGCGUCUAAAAUGGCAGGUCUUACCCCUGGACCAGCACUUUCUGUCCAAACACAAGCAGUACCUGCCCAAUACAACCGCAGAAACAAUCCCGAUCUAGACAAAAGGAGAAUACAUCACUGUGAUGUACCAGGAUGUAAGAAGGUCUACACCAAGUCCUCACAUUUGAAGGCCCAUUUACGUACUCACACAGGCGAAAAGCCAUACAAGUGCUCAUGGGAGGGGUGCGACUGGCGAUUCGCCCGCUCUGAUGAGCUAACGCGCCACUUCAGGAAGCACACGGGGGCCAAACCUUUCCAGUGCGCCGUAUGUAGCCGUUGCUUCUCCCGAUCGGACCACCUGGCCCUCCACAUGAAAAGACACCAGAACUAGAGCCGCCCGCUCUCGUUGUUCUGACGGUGCCGCGGGAGGGCUAUCAGGACCUCUGUUGAUGAUACUAAUUAGGAUUUGGGUGUGUUGGUUAAUCUUGGGUUUUGGCAGUUCAUCAGGUACAACGGGACCAGACCCUGCCGUCAGUACGGUUCCUGUGGUCACAAAACCAGCUAAUUGAUGAGAACUUGGCUCAUUUGCCAGAUGGGACAUUCUUUUGACAUGUUUCUUUGUUUGUUUUUGUUUUUUUUGUUUGUCUGCAUACUUUGAGGUCAUCAUUUAUGACAUAACUACUUUUAAUGUGCCUUUUUUACCUUGUAGAAUGGAGGUGCCAUGUAAAAUGUACAACGUUCAAGAACUUGUGGGCAGUUUUAAUCUUCUUUAAAGCAAUAUUCCAGAUUAAUACAAGUUAAGAUUAAUUGACUUAAUUUGUGGCUUAAUGUUGAUCAUGUUAAACACAUGAUCUUGUGGCUAUACUAUUGAAACAUUGACAAUUUUAACGUUUACAAGAUUGGCCCCAUUGAACCCAGAUUUUGGAAGUUGAAAUGAAUUGUUAUGGUAAUCAACAUUAUGCCACAGGUUCUAUCAAGGAGUUUAACUUUUAUUGAACCCAGAAUAUUCCUGUAAAUGACUACUCAUACUUGUAUCACAAGGUAAAUUAUAAAAUGCGCUGUAGUCUUGGUUGUAGAACCAAACUGCAGAACAGUCAUGAGAAUGUGAGCCACAAACGCUGAGUCACAAUGAAUUAAUGUCUCUUAAAAGCAGCACUUGAUAAGAAACCGAGCUUCAGAAAUUUGUGCGGGAGCCGCCGGGUAAUUAGAAAAUUAAAUGUAGCUUCAGAACACCAAAGAGUUGGAUGAAGUCCAAACUAUGAUAUGUUUCGAAGAGGAUUUGCUUUAUGUAGGCAAAAUGUUUGAAAGAGCACAAUCUGAAGAUUGAUUGAACUCCUUUAUGUUAAUUCCUGUGUUAUACUGAAAUGCAAUAAGUGGUACAAAUGCUGUAUUUUUCCUGGCAAGAGGACGGGUCAGAUAUCGAUUACUUCCAUAGUUGUUUAUUUUCCCUACUAUGCAUUUGUUUGGGAUAAAUGAUAGCUUUAAAUGUACAUAUAACAUGUAUUUAUUUUGCACAGACAAUUUUUUUAUUUUAUUUCUAUUUUAUAAAAUGUAACUCAACGCUUACAUGAAAUGUGUACCGGGUUACUGGGAAGUGGUUUUAGAAAUCUUUGUUCAAAAUAAUAGUGCUCUAAAUGGCCGCAUUAUGUGGAACAAUGUGGCAGCUGAUUGUUUACAUUAGUUGGUUUGGCUUAUGGUGUGUGUUACAUCUGUAUGUGUGGCCCCAUAAAACCUCUUAUUUUCCAUUACAGUGAUAA